AUGAGUGAUUCAGAGGAAGAAGAAGUUUUUGAAAGUUUAAUAGCCACAAGAUCUAGGCGGUCCAAUGCGGGGUUAAGAUUGAAACAGUUAAUUGCGUUAGAAGAACAAUCAAAUGAGCUAGCAGCAACAACCCAAUUUUUAACAGAAGAUGAUGAAAACGUUAAUUUAUUGUUUCAAGAAGAUGGAGAAGAUGAGGAGUUUAUCGAUGAAGAAGUUGAUAAUGCCAACUUAGAAGGAAUUGAUGAAGAAAGUGGAACGGAAAAUGAAAAUGAAAAUACAACGAGGAAACGGAAACAUACUUCAAGCGAUGGCGAAGAAGAAGAAGAAGAAGAAAACGACACCUCCAAUAUAAAUGCAGAUGAAAUACUAUCAGAUUCAGAGCUAUCUGCUACUGAUUCAGAUGAAAGUGAAGGUGAAAAAGAAUUACUAAAACAGGAGAAACUCAAAAAGAAAAGAUUGAAGAAACAGAGUUUAAUUCCCACCAUCAAACAGCCACUGGUUAAAUCAGCAACCCUAAAGAAGAAACAAAAACGAACACCGUUAGUCACAGCAGACUCAUUACUAUUGGCAAAUAGAAGAUCGUCGUCUCGAGCUGCAGCUGUUGAAAGUAAACAGGCUUUAGUAGAUAAACUAAAAGAAAGCGAAGCUAGGAGGGCAAAAUAUGUACACGUCGAAAGAAAGCAACAGGUUGAGCUAACUCAGGAAGAACGUCUUGCAGAAGCAGUAGAAACCGAGAAAGCAAAUGUGGAAUCACUUCACAGAUUUAGAGAGCAAGAAAUAGUGAAGAAGGAAAGACAGCGACAGUUGUUGUUACUGAAACGAAUCAAAUUACAUAAUGUUAUAAGGCUAGUUAGCAGUGAGACAUUUGUAAAGCCAAUUGAAGAAGUGAAUGAUGCAAGACGCCAGUACGAACAGUAUAUGAAAAUAAAGAAGAAACUAGGAAAAAAGAAAAAGAAUCAGUUAGCGGAGAUGAUGGAUUUUCCUACCAGAAUGCCCUUUACAAUAGAUUACGACUCACCGUAUCAAAGGAAACUAUUGGCAGAAAAGAAAGCACAAGAACAGCAAAAUGAAAUUAAAAAACUCGAGUCAAUGAACGAGAAACUUCACGAGCUUAUAGAAAGUGGGGACUCGAAGAAAAAUGACAAUGAUGAAGAAAAUAUACAAUUGGUCCCGUCAACUAACAUUAAUGCGGAUAAUCAUAACAAUAUUGAAUGUGAACCGAUUAAGGUUGAAGAUAGUACACAGGAGAUUAAGGCGGAUGAAACAGAUAACAAAGACGAGUCGAGCGAUAAAACAAAUACUCUGAUUUCUGAAGUUGCACCAUCAGAUGAAACAGAAAGCACAAAACAAGAGAAAAUUUCAGAUACUGAAUUUAAUGAAGAACUGGAAAAUACAAGCCAAACAGAGGAAAAUGGGCUUACUAAUGAUAAUCCUAGCGAGGUUAAAAAGGAAGAAAAUGAACAAACUAACAAAAUUGAGGAAACGCCUGUAGACAACAACAAACCAGAUGUGCAAAACCUCACGACUGACACUCCAUUGGAUGAAACCAAAAGUACAGAAACCAUCAAGAGGGUGAAAUUUGCCGACGAAAUAGGAGAGAGUUCCAAGGAGCCCACACCAACUGUCGAGACUAGUCAUCAACAAGAAGAGGAAAUAUUCGAAGGUCCAGUACAGCGUGUAUCGAGAAACUUGAUCUACAUGAUCGAGUUUGAUGAAGACAAAAAGGAAUUGAGACUCGACCCACUGAACAUCAAAAGAAUUCUAUUUGGAAAGCAGUCACUUUUGCCUGCCUCAAGAAGAUUCAAAGAUGUCAAGACAAUACUUAAAAUUGGGAAACCAGAAAAUCCUUAUGCUGUGGUGAAAGAUCAAAAACAAAGCUUGUUUGACCCUGCUUCCAAUAUAACUGAAGACGACCCAAUGUUUGAUGAGUUAAAAAAAUUGCCCAAAUUAGGAGUUAAGCAAGAUUUGGUAGAAAUUGUGGAAGAUAAGGAGGAAACCGAGUCAGCAAAUAUAGUGCUAAAAACCGAAGCACCAACUGGAUUAUAUCUACCUAAUGGCAAUAAAAAAAUCUGUAUGAUAUCAGGUACAGAAGUGAAAUACUUUGAUCCUUCAACUGGUAUUCCGUAUAGUUCAGUUGAAGCAUACAAAAUACUCAAAUCCAUCGAACAAGGUCAAAUUCCAUGGUUGAGUCUUACAAACGAGUCGAAUGAUACUGGCAAUGUCGAGCUUUACCUUGGAUGCAGAGAUGGGACUGCUCGACAUGCACAAGGUGUUCCAGAAGGAUUUGAUGGUUAA